AUGGACGAAAUUGAUUCUAAGCUUCAACUUUUCCACCGUAUAAAAAUCCUUACUAUGAAUGAAGUAAAGGCUGCUGUUGAAUACAACAAAGUUUAUUCAAAUGAUUCUAAGCUUAUCAAUGUGCCCUAUGGGCUUCAGACAAAUACUGUUUUAACAAAUUCAGAGCCGGUUCAAUGCAGUUUAUACGCUGAGACAAAAUCAAAUGUUAACUAUAUUGCUUUUUAUGGUAGCAGAGAUGAGAACGGUUUGUGUUCGUGGCUUAUAGAAAAAGACAAUUUCCGAUUUAGAAAAAGACGAAAAAAGUUAGGCUCUCUAGUUACCAAUGCUGUUUACGUUCCAUCAUGUUACCUCAUAUUUGCGUUUUGUAAAGAUCUAACCAUACGAACAUUUGGACCGCUUUUUCAAGAACAAAGUAUAUUGCAGUUAGGGUAUUCAAUUCUUUGCAUGAAAUAUAACGAGAAAACAAACCAGAUUGUAACUGGAUGUAUCGGAUUUGUUCAACAAUGGAAGUUAAAUGCAAAUACUCAUAACGCACCUCAGUUGAUAAAGGAAGUACAUUUGGAAUUUUCCAAUAAAAAACCAUGGGUACAUUAUUUAGAGUUUGUUGAGGAGAAACAGCUGACUGUUGCUUUAACUGGGAAUCUGAUUUACUUUCUAGAUUCCACAAAUUUGAAUACUUUAAUGACAAUAAAAAAUCUGAAUGGUUUCUUAUUCAGCACGUGUUUAACAUACUUACAAAGAGAGUAUUUUUUGACAGCUUCAUGGGAUGGAUCUAUAAAGGUUUGGAAUGUAUCUAUGAAAACAUGCCCAUAUGUUGGUUGCUUUAACGGCCACACUGCAAAAGUAAUAAAACUAGAUGUUCAUCCCUGCGAAGACAUACUUAUAUCGGCUUCGGAAGACUCAACAAUACGUUUAUGGAGAUUCGAAACAUUUCAAGAAACACAUCGAUUUGAUUCUGCAGACUCUAUUGGUCAAGUUUUUUUAAUCAACUCCCGCCUUUUAUACUAUACGUCAAAGUUUUCGUUGCACAUAUUAGAUAUAAACUUAUUUCAUACUUUAUUCACAGUAGUUGGAUCUAAUCUAAAUAAAGUUCAGAGAGUUAAACCUAGUAAAGUAUUAUCUAAUGAUUACAAUCAGGUGUCGCGUAUACUAGUUACGGCAGAUGAUGGGGGAGUUCGCAUUGUUUCACCCGUUCAUGGCAAUAUUUUGACAAUGCUAUUUCCGAUUGUUUCGCACAAAGUGAUAUCUUACCAUCAUGAUCCAAUAGAAGAAAUACUGUACGCUUUAUUGAAAGAAGAACAAGGAAUUUUACUUAUAUCAACAUUAACAAAUCCAUGCAGAGCAGUGCAAUUGUUAUGUUUUCCAGAAAAAGAAAACGCUGUCAUAUGUUUGGAACUAAUCUAUGUAGAAAUUGAAUAUAAAACGACGCCAUUGUUGAUAGCUGCUCAUAAAAAUGGGAAAAUCUCUUUAUUAUAUGGCCGAGGUUUUAAAAUGAAGCCACAAAUCUGUGAUGGGGGAUUUGUAAUUACUAUAAUACCAUCUCAAAAUAAUUUGCGUUUCGAUUUUAUAACAUGUACAAGCGAGUCGCACAUCACUCUAUGGAAAGUUUUUAAAGUGAAUUACAGUACUCUGUCUAUAUUUGCUGUUCACAAGUUUCAGGUUGAGGGACAUAUUUUAAAUCUAGUCGCAUCCGAUAAUAUUAUAGGCUUUACUUUGGAUAAAGCAAUUUUUUUAUGCAAAGUCGUUAUUCAAACAAAUGGUGAAGUUGAUAUAAGUAGGAAUACUCAUUCAAACGAUCAAUCUCAUUUAACAUCCGUUACCGAGUUAACAGCUUGCUCAAGCAUCCCUAUAUUUGCAUCUGCUUCAAAAGACGGAAAAGUAAAAAUUUGGGAUGCAAGUUGCAUGCUCAUCAGAGAACUUUGUUUUGAUGAGACAUUGUCUGGAAUGUGCUUUUGCAAUGACAGAGGAGAUAUUUUAGUUGGUUUUCAAAAAAAUUUACACCACGUUUCGGUAACGGAAUAUUUACCACAAUCUUACUUAGAAACUCUGCUUGAACAAAACAUAGAAGAUGAUAAAAUUGAAUACUGUACACCAUUUGAUCCAAAUUUGAAGUUUUGGUACGAUAGCCGUCGUGUGCCAGUUGUAACUAAACUUAGCAAAAAAACUUUUGAUCACAUUAAAGAAUUUAGUUUGAAAUUAAAACACCAGAAAUCGACAACAAAGCAAAAGGAAUCAACAGUAAACCAAAAUAUGAUUGAUAAUAAUGCUUUGAUGACCAGUUGCAAAAGUAAGCAAACGCCAGGGGAUAAUAUCAAACCAAUUUCAUUUGGAAAAAUCAGAAAAUAUAAAGACAAUCGGUUUGCCGAAAAAAUAUUAAGUAAAAAGCUAAUUGAAAAAUCAGAAGCCAUUACUUAUAAAGAAUUGCACACUUUCAAUUUUAAAGAUUCAAAAGCUCUUAGUUUUGAAGAGAAAAGCAUUACCACAACAAAUGAAGUUUUAUUGUCAGAGAGAUAUGUAUGGCCGUUUGCCCCCGAUUGUUUUAUUCCUAAUUCUAUCGUACGAUCGUUUCGAAAACCUGCUUACCCAUUUAUUGAUCGUUUAGCAAGAAUGACGGACCGUUUAUCAAAACAAGAUAAUGUACCAGAGGAGAUUGAUUUUGAAAACAAUUUUGAAUUUAGUGAUAAUGAUGAAAAUUAUCUAGUUACUAAUACAAAAACGUUUAGUUUCUUGUCUGGAAUUAAGGAGCAAAUAUCGAGACCAGAUAAACAAGGCGGCAUAUUUGUUGAGAAAAGAAAAUUGAGAGAUGACACCUUUACGUCUGAAAAGAAAAAAACAAGGCAAAAUACAAAGAGUAUAGUCGAUAAUAUUAAGGAGAAAAAACGUAACAAGAUUCUUACAAAACGAAUUCCAAAAAAUGAAGUUAUAAAUCAAAGUCCAAAGACAGAAAUUGAAUCUGCUUCUAUAUUUAAAAUUCUGCCUACUCCUCAAAUAGAAAUUGAAUCUGUUCCUUUAAUUGAAUGCGUACCUCCCCCUUAUAAUGAAUAUACGGAUAAAGAGUGGUUCCCGCGUGACAUUGGCUCUGACCAAAACUUCGUAAUUUCUUAUUUAAUCAAUCAAUUGAAUACAUCUCAACCAUUAGUGUUUAAGGAAAUUCUGGCAGCUAUUACUAAAAUACACAGUUACUACAGUAUGUCAAACGAACUUUUUGAAAAGUUUAUACAAAUACUAUUAUCAUAUCUUGAAAACCCAUCUGGACAAAUUCGUCAUUAUGCGGUUUCUGCUUUUCUCGCACUAAGCCCAAAUCGCAGAGAUGUUCUGUUGAAGCUAAUACCAAAGCUAAACGAUCCUAUAGAUCCGGUUAAAGAUGCUGUUAAACGACUUUUAAAUGAAAUGGCUGGAAUCAAAGAUGCUGAUACUUUAGCAUCAGUAAUCCGAGAACUAGGCGAAAUGAAAUCAGGUAUAGUGAGUAAUGAUAAAGAGGUAAUAGAGUCGUUUAAAGAUACCAUAAUAACGAAUAAAGAAUCUUUUCGGAAACUUUCCAAACUUGUAAAUUCAUCAAACAGCAUGGAAAUAAAAAGUCAAAUAUCAACAAACAUAACUGAUAAAAGCAUUUACAAAAAUAUCGUGUUAUCAAACAAAUCUUUGCAAUCAGAUUAUACACAGACUAUGUCAACACGAUUGGAUGAGACUGAUGAGCGAACACGAUUAGAUGACACUGCGAAUAAGAAAAUUAUAGUUAAUACUGCCAACAGUCAAAAUUUACUUUCACCAAAGCACAAAUCAAAAAUAGAUAUUAAUGAUAACGCAUUUAAAAAAAAUUUAUCAGAUUCCAACCAAAAUAAAUUACAAGUAUUAAAUAACAAACCUACUGAAAAAAGCGACUUAAUGUAUUCAGAUCUAGAAGAAAAUAAAAUCUCUGAUAUGAAAAACAAAUAUAAAAACAAAAUCAAAGUUAAGGAAACAAGAAAACAAAAAUCAGCUUUAAAAAACGUCAUAAAAGCGCAAGGGAAUUAUAGCAAUGACAGUAAUUCAGCAACUAAAAAGCCGAAUCGUACGAUUACGACCAAUUUAGAAUCGUGGAAUAAUAAUCCCUGUGAUGAUCGAUUAAUUACAUCUAAUCGAUCAUCACAGGACACAUCCAUCAAAGUGUUUGAUAAAAAUACACGAAGCUAUCGUAAUGAAGGUAGUAUUAUAAAUGAAGAACAUAAAAAACUCGAGCUUGAUGGUCGUAUACUUUAUAACGAUUCACUUCGUGUAACGAAAUUGGGACCAUAUAAAGAAGAAAAAAUGCUACUUUCAAAACUUCUCGGUUUAUUUAAAGAUGAAGAUAUCUGGCACCUUAAUAUAUUGUUGCAUGAAAAUAUGCAGGAAACUACUGAGCACUUGGCAACUAAACUAGCUAGCAAAUUAUAUAAGAGAUUCAAAGCUCUAAAAUCAAAUCCCAGAUCAAUGCCAAAAUUUAUGACAAAUAGUUUUUCAAAAAUAUUUCAAGUUGAAAGUAAUGAAGGAUUGCAAUCUUCUUUGAAUGUCUCAAAAUCGUUGAAUACUUUAUCUGAAAGUUAUAAAGAAUUAGGUACAACUCAAAUGAUUGAAGAAAAAAAACAGCUUGAGACUCUUGGUGCAAACAAAAUCAAAGAAAUAAAUAAAAAAAAUUCAAAAUUGAUUGAAAUUUCCAAUACUCAAAUAAAUAACUUUGAUACUCAAAUGAAUAAACCCGAAAAUUUUUUUUUCUACGAAAAUUUGAAUCUUCCGAUAAAACCACCUAAUGAUAGUUUUUCAUUUGAAGAAAAUGAGUCCAACGAUCAAGCAUGCUGUUUUUAUAAAACAACCAACAACCUAAACAAAAGAAAUGAAUCAAAAAGCCAAACCUCGUUUGGACAUGCAAUAUCUAACAACCGAGAAAUAGAAAAGAUGUCCGUUAAACAAAUCAAAUCUUUAUUCAAAGUACCACCUAGCAUUAAAAAAGGGAACAAACUCACAAGCAAAGCACCACUUUUUAAUAAUGAAACGCAAAACCAAACUGAAGAAAAAGAGCAUGUUAGUCUUUUUAAAGUAAAAGAAAACAAAGUGUUACUUCCCGAAAUAUCUUUCACCAAUACCAUUAAUAAAUUAAACUCUAAUAAGAAAAAGAAAAAAGCUGUUUUAACUUCCAGUUUAACAGAUUAUACAAAUUUAUCAAGUAAUCAAAAAUCUGAAUAUGAAAUAAACAAUUGUAGUGCAGACAACAUUUCAAUGUUAUUGAACUUUUUGAGAAAGGGUCAUAGCGUGAAAAAAAAAGAGCACUUGUCAAUGAAGUUAAAAAAAUUCGAAAAGUUAUCAAAUAUAAAAAACUCAACAGCGAGGAGCCAAAGUAUGCUAUUUACAUUGGAGGAAGCAGAACAAAUGCUUAGAAAGUUGAAUUCUUUACAAAAACUUAACUACAAAACUAUCCAGUCUGGAGUAUGCGGAGAACGCAUACUAUGUAGAUUAGAAACGAUAGCUUCAAAUUACAAUUACGAAACAAUAACCAAAGUUAUUGAGUCUUUACCAGAAAGAUAUGGAUGCCAAAUAGUUUCAGUUGACUCUGGAAUAACAAUGUAUGGAUCACUUAGUUUUUAUUGGAAAUCGUUAUGCAACACGGAUCUUUCAUUGAAUUAUCAUCAAAGUGACCCAACGCGUAAUGAAAAUGUUUUAUUGACUAUAGACAAUAAAUUUCAUUUAAAACCUUGUUUUUUAAGGUUUUAAACAAAU